CAAAAAGCAUCGGGUUUCUCAGUACGCACAUUACGCAGGAAGAAGCCAAAAUCAGGAAAUGGCGAGGAGGAACUCGGGAAGUAGAAGAGGGGAUCUUGGACUUCGCCAAGCAUUCGCUUUGCUUUCCCCGCAAGUGUCCGGCGGAGCACGCUGACAACCAAAAAAAUAAAAGGAAACAAGCCAAAUAAUUCAGUGACAGUGUUGAAAGCGAGGGACCAAAUCAUUAAUGCAGUCCCUCGCUUUUCAGUGGUUUUGUUCGGCGCUUGAUUAACUCUCUUAAGUCUUACCCAUUUCUUCAUCUCCCGCCUUUCGCCACCUUCAUUCUUGGCCUUCUGCCGAUAUACUGUUCGACGAAAUGCCUGAACCAUGCAUUCCCUUACUGCUUCUGCUUGCUUGCUUCUCCCCCACAAUUCCUUAGCGGAUUUGAGCUCUCUGCGCUUUCCCUCCCAUUUGUUUGUCGUUGAUUCGUGGGGACGGAGGAGGGCGGUGCAGCAGUUCACGGCUUUGAAUCUUGUCAACGAGACUGGGUCGCUGCUGGGGUGCUUGGAUUCUUUCAAGAAGGGGAACUGUUACAAAGGUUUGUAUUGGGGUUACUCUGGGUUCUUGAGAAGGUGCAAAGACUGGGAUUGCGAGGGAGAUUUCUCUCUCGAGGCGGAGAUUUUGGAGUUCAUGAAGAAUUCCAAAAAGCCAAAAGCGUUUCCAACCAAGAAAGAGUUGAUUGAUUCUGGAAGGAUGGAUUUGGUUGAUGCCAUCAUCAAAAAAGGAGGCUGGCUUGCCCUUGGGUGGGAUUUGGAUGAAGAUGCCGAAAAAGGAUCGGGAGAAGUGCAUGUUCAAGAUGAGGAUUUAUUGUCCAAGAAUGAAUGUGAUGCUAUAUACCAUAGCAGUAAAUUUGAAAUCGAGAAAAUUCGGGCUUCUGGCCGAGUUUUUUCAUCAGCUAACUAUUCUCAACUAGCUGUAUCGCCUGGUAGAUCAGUGGAAAUUGCUGAGCAGUCUGGUAUUGAGGGUAUAUUGAAUCGACUGGAGAAAGAGAGAAAUAGUGCUUUAGGACUUGGGUUCAGACACAAAGAAGAUAAUGUUUCACCUGGAGAUAGUGAAGAUAGAGACGAAAGUCAUAAUAGAUCUACUAUAAAUUCAGUAGCAGCUGACUUUGAUAAAAUCACUAAACCCACCUUAGUAAGCUCAACCAGCAGUCCUCCUGGUGGUUUCCAGAGCAAGCUUGGUCAGCACAGAUCUCUAACUGGUAAUCAUGAUUUAAGAAACUCACUUGAGCCUCAUAUGUGGAGAAGUUGGAUUAUUCAGAGAAAUGGUUCCGCAUUUGAAAAUUUUGAAGAUGCUGAAAUUGCACCCGGUGGAACUGGUCAAGGAGCUGGGGCUGACGUUUCAGGAAAUGAUGUCCUUGAAAUAAGACAGUUUGCUGCUACACCUAUAAAUAGAGAGGGAGACUCAAGUCCUCCUGGUGGGAAGGCAAAUUACAAGGAAAUAAAAAGCCGCAUCCAGCAGCUGGAGUCGGAGCUAUCUUCUGUACUUCAGUCAUUGAGAUCUGGCGUGGAUAAAGUUGGAAUGCAGACGGGCAAGAAAAGAUCUGAUGAUGAUCUUCAAAAGCUUUCUGAUGCCUGGGAAUUCCAGGAAAAUGAGAUCUUUAAAGCUCAGGAUAGACUGCGCUCAAUUCGUGCUAAAUUGGCAGUGUUAGAAGGAAAGAUGACGCUGGCAAUAAUGGAUGCGAAUAAGACCAUUGAAGAGAAGCAGAAGAGGAUUGAUAAUUCUCGUAGAGCUUUAACAUUUCUAAAGACUAUUUGUGUGGUUUGGCCAAAUUCAGCCUCAGAAGUACUUCUUGCAGGAUCAUUUGAUGGUUGGUCCUCCAAGAGAAAGAUGGAGAAGUCAAAUGCUGGUGUCUUUUCUGUGUACCUACAGUUGUAUCCAGGAAAAUAUGAGAUCAAGUUCAUUGUUGAUGGCGAAUGGAAAAUUGAUCCCUUGCGCCCUAUUGUUCAGAAUAAUGGCUAUGAGAAUAAUCUCCUUAUCAUUCAGGAAUAACGUGAUUCAUUUAAGCAAGCAUGAGAUAAUAUUUCUUUAGAACACAACAGAUUACAUGCACUAGGUUAGUCUUCCACUGAUUUUUAUUUGAUUUUGACUCAUGUAAAUAAUAGUGAGCAGCUAAUUGAUUCUUUGAACUUAGAGAGUAUUUGUUACCUACUCGAGUGUAGCACUUUUAGGAGCCAAUUGAUACAGGUAUUUUGACUAAUUACAAGCUGAACUCAUUCAAUAAUAUCCGGCAUGUUCUUACGA